AUGCGCUGGCUUUACACUGCGGCCGGUCUUUUGCUGGGUGCCGACAUUAACGUGCAUUCCCGUCCCACUACAGUCACAAAGGUCGCCGCAGAAUAUUCAACCAUUUCGCAGUUUAUCAUUUCCAGUCUCCCGUCACGCUUGGGAGCGCUUGGGAUUGGCGAGCCACGGGUUCGGUUGGGUCACCAGGUGACGCCAAGAGUUCUUAUAAUCAGCUUGUUUGGUCCGGAAGCCGACGUAUGGUACGAAAACUUGCCCAAGAGCGGCCUGGGAGACCUCCUCGCGACGAACAUCUCUGUCCCAGGCCUUAAUCCUCUCUACCCAGCUGUUCAUUGCACAGCUGAAGGCACCAUCUGCCAGGUCACGACCGGAGAGUCCGAGAUCAACGCGGCCGCUACAAUUAACUCAGUGGUGCUGUCGGGAAUGUUUGAUCUUCGAAAGACAUACUUCUUGAUUGCAGGAAUUGCCGGCGUGAACCCCAAGCAUGGCACGCUGGGAAGUGUGGCCAUUGCUAAGUAUGCGGUUCAGGUUGCUCUGCAGUAUGAACUCGACGCCCGAGAGAUGCCACCCGACUGGACCACGGGCUACUUUUCAUACGGAACGCUUAGUCCUGGUCAAUACCCAACCAGGCUGUACGGAACCGAAGUAUUCGAAGUGAACGAGGCUCUUCGAGAUGCGGCAUAUGGCUACGCCUCCGAGGUCAGGCUAGAGGACUCUGCCAACGCGAGGGCUUAUCGAAAGAAGUAUGCUGCCGCAGGGCCUUCGUACGCCAUGGCCACAAGACCCCCCUCAGUUAUCAAAUGCGAUUCUGCAACGAGCGACGUAUACUAUACGGGUCACUUGCUGAGUGAGACCUUUGAGAAUGUGACCAGGUUACUAACCAAUGGGUCUGGAACGUACUGUGUGACGGCCCAGGAAGAAAACGCAAUCCUAGGGGUUUUGGUCCGCCUUGAUAUCUGGGGUUUGGUAGACUACGGCAGAGCAAUCAUCAUGCGGACAGGUUCCAACUUUGACCGUCCGGCGCCUGGCGUUGACGUCCUCGACAACCUACGCGCCGCCGAACAGAAUGGCAUCACUUUAGCCACCACAAACCUCUACCUGGCCGGAGUAUCAAUCGUGCGGGGAUUACUCAACGAGUGGGAUGGUAUCUUCCAGAAAGGCAUCGCGGCGCCAAACUAUCUCGGCGAUAUAUUUGGUACCCUAGGCGGGCAGCCCGACUUUGGGCCGGGUGGUGUCGACGGAGCAGGGCUAUGA